AUGCGCCGGGCCAGCAGAGACUACGGCAAGUACCUGCGCGGCUCGGAGGAGAUGGGCGGCUGCCCUGGCACCCCGCAUGAGGGUCCGCUGCAUCCUGCGCCUUCUGCACCGGCUCCGCCGCCGCCCCCCGCGGCCUCUCGCUCCAUGUUCCUGGCCCUCCUGGGGCUGGGACUGGGCCAGGUGGUCUGCAGCAUCGCUCUGUUCUUGUACUUCCGAGCGCAGAUGGAUCCUAACAGAAUAUCAGAAGACAGCACUCACUGCUUUUAUAGAAUUCUGAGACUCCACAAAAACCCAGGUAUGCAGGACUCGACUCUGGAGAGUGAAGACACAGAAGCACUACCAGAUUCAUGCAGGAGACUUAAAGAAGCCUUUCAAGGGGCCAUGCAAAAGGAAUUACAGCAUAUUGUGGGGCCACAGCGUUUCUCGGGAGUUCCAGCUAUGAUGGAAGGCUCAUGGUUGGAUGUGGCCCAGCGGGGCAAGCCUGAGUCUCAGCCGUUUGCACACCUCACCAUCAAUGCCGCCAACAUCCCAUCGGGUUCCCAUAAAGUCACUCUGUCUUCUUGGUACCACGAUCGAGGCUGGGCCAAGAUCUCUAACAUGACAUUAAUCAACGGAAAACUAAGGGUCAACCAAGAUGGCUUCUAUUACCUGUAUGCCAACAUUUGCUUUCGGCAUCACGAGACAUCGGGAACGGUACCUACAGACUAUCUUCAGCUGAUGGUAUAUGUUGUUAAAACCAGCAUCAAAAUUCCAGGUUCUCAUAACCUGAUGAAAGGAGGGAGCACGAAAAACUGGUCAGGAAAUUCUGAAUUCCACUUUUAUUCUAUAAAUGUUGGAGGAUUUUUCAAGCUCCGAGCUGGUGAAGAAAUUAGCAUUCAGGUGUCCAACCCUUCCCUGCUGGAUCCGGAUCAAGAUGCUACGUACUUUGGGGCUUUCAAAGUUCAAGACAUAGACUGAGACUCGUUUUGUGGAGCAUGAGCAUGGGUAUCCUAGAUGUUUGGAAACUUCUUAAAACACGGAUGAUGCAUAUUCAUGCGUAAGACUACUAAGAGGCAUGGCCCAUGUUGUAUGUAAGACUACUAAGAGGCGUGGCCCACGUUGUACAAAGCUUACGGACCUCUCUCUCGACCCUGUACAGGUCAUGCAUAUGUAAAGUCCAUAGGGGAUGUUAGACUCAUGGUCAUUACACAAUGUUUUUACAAUUUUGUAGUGAAUUCCUAGAAUUAAACCAGAUUGGGAGAAGUAUACUGAUGCUUAUGACAAAUUACAUGCGAGCUAUGGAAGGGGUCAUAGUCUCUUGGUCUAAGCCCUGGACGUGUACCAUUGAGAACCUCGAAAUGAAGAGGGUGCCACUUCAUUGUCAAGAGAUGAUGGUUUAAAGGGUUAAGUUCUUUUGAAUUGUUACAUUGCGCUGGAACCUGCAAAUAAGUUCUUUUUUUCUAAUGAGGAGAGAAAAAUAUAUGUAUUUUUAUAUAAUAUCUAAAGUUAUAUUUCAGGUGUAAUUUUUUUCUGUGCAAAGUAUUGUAAAUUAUAUUUGUGCUAUAGUAUUUGAUUCAAAAUAUUUAAAAAUGUCUCGCUGUUGACAUAUUUAAUGUUUUAAAUGUACAGAUGUAUUUAACUGGUGCACUUUGUAAUUCCCCCGAGGGCACUUGUAGCUAAGGGGGAAGAGUACUGUUUCUGGUGGCCACGUGUAGUUUGUUUUUUUAUUCUUUUUUUUAACUUAAUAGAGUUUUCAGACUUGUCAAG